AUGUGUUAUACACUGCCUGUGAGAAUCAUCGGAAAGUCGAAAACACAAGUUGGCGGUUUAGCUCAGUCGGUGCGAGUCAUGUCGUGUGUUGAGGUUGCGUGGUGGUCUGCUAUGAAACUGAAAGACUAUCACACGCCGAAACUUAUAAUCUACCACACGAACACGCAAUUCGGCGCUUGCGAAUGCCGCUUCUCACAGCUCAUUUUAACAAUCUGCAUGUACACGUCUCUUAAAAUGUUCGGAUCGUUUGCUCUUAUUUUAUUUUUUGCUUCGCUGGCGCUGACACCGGCAGACGGUGGCAAUGAUUUGUUUGGUGGAGUUUCUUACGAUUACAUAGAUGAGGUCAGUUACGGGUUGCCCUGCGAACCACCCUCCUUCUACAUCAGCGAAUUGACUCACAAGUUUGCUCCUAUUGAUGAAAUAUCUACAGAUCUGACUACUCAAGAAGAAUUCAACUUACUGUAUUAUGAUGGAUCAAACAAGCAACUCAGCUCCAACAACAUUAUUGGACAAAGUAACCCCUACUUGAAGAUUCAAUUCAUGAAAUUUAACACCGUAAAAUUUGAAGUAACUUUGCAUUCGAACAGGUACUUGCUGUCAAGCAGAUUUGAAAUUUACGUUGUGGGUGGAGAUAACAAACGCAGGAAACGCUCCUUAAUGAAUUUAGCAAACAAAUGGGUCUUGGGAUUCGCUCUGAACUUCGUAAGUGAUGGAGAAGUAGCCAGAGAAGUAGGUGGAGAGUUCCAAAAAAAAGGAUUUAAAAAAUUUUUCUAUAUUUUAAUGGUAGCCAGUGAAAGAGAACAAGAUAUGGAGAUAUAUGAGAAAAAAAAGGGGAACGAGCAACUAGACGAGCAGCAGAGUUUUACUUAA